AUGUCGGCCGACGAGGAGGAGCUCAAAGUGCCCGAGGACAUGUUCAAAGAUGUCAAGUUCUUCACCGUGGGAGACAUCGACCCCAAGGUAAUUCAGCUUCUGAAAGCUGGGAAAGCAAAAGAAGUUUCUUACAAUGCACUGGCUUCACACAUCAUUGCAGAAGAUGGGGACAAUCCAGAGGUUGGAGAAUCUCGUGAAGUCUUUGAUCUCCCUGUAGUAAAGCCUUCCUGGGUGAUCUUGUCUGUUCGCUGUGGAGCUCUUCUGCCGGUAAAUGGCUUUUCUCCAGAAUCCGGUCAGAUCUUUUUUGGAGUCACUGCUUGUCUCUCUCAGGUUUCAUCUGAAGACCGAAAUACGCUGUGGGCUUUGAUUACGUUUUAUGGAGGGAAUUGCCAGCUGAGCCUCAAUAAUAAGUGUACUCAUUUGAUUGUGCCUGAGCCAAAGGGGGAGAAAUAUGAAUGUGCUUUUAAACGGGACAGCAUUAAAAUUGUGACACCAGACUGGGUACUGGAUUGUAUAGCGGAUAAAACUAAGAAAGAUGAGAUUCCUUAUCAUCCUCGCUUAGUUAUAUACGACGAGGAAGAAGAGGAGGAGGAGGAGGAAGAAGAGGAAGAAGCCGAAAAUGAAGAGCAAGAUUCUCAAAAUGAAGCUAGUACCGAUGAAAAAUUAUCAAGCCCAGCAUCUUCUCGGGAAGGGUCACCUUUGGGUGAUCAAGCCUUUUCACCAAAAUCUACUACUGCUGAUAAGGCAAAAGGGGAACUGAUGUUUGAUGAUUCUUCGGAUUCCUCUCCGGAAAAGCAGGAAAGGAAUUUGAACUGGACACCAGCUGAAGUCCCACAGGCAACUGCAGCAAAGCGUAGGUUGCCCCAAGGCAAAGACUCUGGGUUGAUUAAUUUAUGUGCCAAUGUCCCGCCAGUGCCAGGUAAUAUUUUGCCUCCUGAUCUCAGAGGCAAUUUAAUGGCUUCAGUGCAAGGUGCCCAAAGUUCUGAUCGACAGGAGAUGAUGGCUGCAUGGAGUCCAGCAGUACGGACAUUAAGGAAUAUUACUAAUAGUGCUGAUAUUCAGCAGAUUAAUAGACCAUCAAAUGUAGCACAUAUCUUACAGUCACUUUCAGCACCUACAAAAAGUUUAGAACAACAAAUAAAUCAUAGUCAACAGGGACACCCCAAUGCAGUGCUGUUUGGUCAAGUGAAACUAACACCAGAGACACAUUUAUUGCAGCAGCCGCAUCAAGCGCAGCCGCAGCAGCACCAUCCUCUUCUCCACCUGCAACCCCAGCAGCUCAUGCAGCUGCAACAGCAGCAGCAGUCCCAGAUUCCCCAGCAGUCCUUCCAGCAGCAACAGCCGCACCAGUUUUCCCAGCAGCAGCAGCAGCAAGUCCAUCAGCAGCACCAGUUCCCGCAGCAGCCGCUUCAGUUCCCGCAGCAGCAGCAGCAGCAGUUACACACGCAGCAGCAGCUGCACCGGCCUCCGCAGCAGCUGCAGUUUCAGCAGCAACACGCGCUGCAGCAGCAGCUGCACCAGCUGCAGCAGCAGCAGCUCCAGCAGCAGCAGCUCCAGCAGCUCCAGCAGCAGAGCCUCCAGCAGCAGCAACUGCAGCAGCAGCAGCUCCAGCAGCAGCAGCUGCAACAGCAGCACUUACAGCGACUGCACCAACAGCAUCAGCAACAGCAGAUGCAGAAUCAGGCAGCACAACACUUAACUCAAGCGUCUCAAGCACUACAGCACCAAGUUCCAGCGCAGCAACCACAACACCACCAGCAGCAGCAGCCGCAGUUGCAACAGCAGCAGCUUUUUGGACAUGAUCCAGCAGUAGAGAUUCCAGAAGAAUAUUUCCUGCUGGGCUGUGUUUUUGCAAUUGCUGAUUAUCCAGAGCAGAUGUCUGAUAAGCAGCUGUUAGCAACCUGGAAACGGAUCAUUCAAGCACACGGUGGGACAGUGGACCCUACACUUACAAGCAGAUGCACCCAUCUUCUUUGUGAAAGCCAAGUCAGUAAUAUGUAUGCUCAGGCUCUACGAGAAAGGAAGAGAUGCAUUACAGCACAUUGGCUGAACUCUAUCUUGAAGAAGAAGAAAAUGGUGCCACCUCAUCGAGCCCUUCAUUUCCCAGUGGCAUUUCCACCAGGAGGAAAGCCUUGCUCUCAACAUAUAAUCUCCGUGACUGGAUUUGUUGAUAGUGACAGAGAUGACCUCAAACUAAUGGCCUACCUAGCAGGGGCAAAAUAUACAGGCUAUCUGUGUCGCAGCAAUACAGUUCUCAUCUGUAAAGAACCCAGUGGCUUGAAGUACGAGAAGGCCAAAGAGUGGCGAAUUCCCUGUGUGAACGCGCAGUGGCUCUGUGACAUCCUGCUGGGAAACUUCGAGGCGCUGCGGCAGAUUCAGCACAGCCGCUACACAGCGUUCAGCCUCCAAGACCCACUGUCUCCUAGUCAGCAUCUAGUGCUCAACUUGUUGGAUGCUUGGAGAGUGCCAUUAAAGGUAUCACCAGAACUUCUAAUGGGUGUGAGAUUGCCUUUGAAACCAAAGCAAAAUGAGCCCAGUCUUCAGCCAUCUUCUAAAAGAGCAAGAAUUGAAGACCUACCACCACCUACUAAAAAACUCACCCCAGAGCUGACACCAAUGGUACUCUUCACAGGAUUUGAACCUAUGCAAGUUCAACAGUACAUCAAGAAACUGUACAUCCUCGGGGGUGAAGUAGCAGAAUCUGCCCAGAAAUGCACCCAUCUGAUUGCCAGUAAAGUGACCCGGACUGUCAAGUUCCUCACGGCAAUUUCAGUAGUCAAGCACAUAGUAACUCCAGACUGGUUAGAAGAGUGUUUCAAAUGCCAGAAGUUUGUUGAUGAGCAGAACUUUGUGCUCAGAGAUGCUGAAGCUGAGGUUCUUUUCUGCUUUAGUUUAGAGGAGUCUCUGAAGAGAGCACAAGUAGCUCCACUCUUUAAGGGAAAGUAUUUUUACAUUACACCUGGAAUUUGUCCUAGUCUUUCCACCAUGAAAGCUAUUGUGGAGUGCGCAGGAGGAAAAGUAUUAUCCAAGCAGCCUUCUUUUCGAAAACUCAUGGAGCAUAAGCAGAAUAAAAGUUUGCCAGAGAUAAUCUUGAUUUCCUGUGAAAAUGACCUUCAUUUAUGUCGAGAAUACUUUGCUAGAGGUAUAGAUGUCCACAAUGCGGAGUUUGUCCUGACUGGAGUUCUUACUCAAACACUGGAUUAUGAAUCAUAUAAAUUUACUUGAUGGAUAGUGAAAUGCCUUACUGCUUCGGAACCCAUGGAGCAUCAAAUCUAACCACUCAGCCAUUGUACAAAGUGACUAAAACUUCCUGUGGAUGCUGUUUUCCAGCUGUUUUCCUAGGGAUGAUGAGCAGUUUAAAGCAGGAAAGCAAAAAUAAACUGCAUCUUUUU